UGACGUAUUCCCAAAAGACCAAUGAACGGAGGGGUGGGUCGCUAGUAGUUGGGCCUGGUUUCCGGUUCCUGUGGGCGUCUGCCUGUCGGCUCUUGUGCUACGUGUCUCUGGCUGGUGAGCAGACGCGGAGCAGAUAUCAUGGAUCAGGUAAUGCAGUUCGUUGAGCCAAGUCGGCAGUUUGUGAAAGACUCAAUUCGGCUGGUGAAAAGAUGCACCAAACCUGAUAGAAAAGAAUUCCAGAAGAUUGCCAUGGCAACAGCAAUAGGAUUCGCUAUAAUGGGAUUCAUUGGCUUUUUUGUGAAAUUGAUCCAUAUUCCUAUUAAUAACAUCAUUGUUGGUGGCUGAAUAGCUUUUUAGAAAAGUAGUUUUCAUCUUGGGGAUUGGUGAACAAGUGAGGAUUUGAGAAGCUGAUGGAGCAGAAAUUUGUCUGUGUGUUUUAUGUUUUUCUUUCAUUUUUUUCUUCCAAGAUGUUUUCUAUUUGUAAAUUAAAAUAAUUUUAAAAUA